AUAAAUGGUGUCCCAGUCUUGCACCUUAAAACCAUCCAAUCCAAUUGAAUUCUCCAGAGAGAAGAAGAAACUUAAUCGAUCAUCACUUCACUUCACUAAUACAUCAUGGCAGACGAGACCCAGAACAAGUAUGAGAGCUCUGAGGUUGAGGUCCAGGAUCGUGGUGUUUUUGACUUUCUCGGUAAGAAAAAGGAUGAAGAAGACAAGCCUCAUCCUCAGGAGGAGGUCAUCGCCACCGAGUUUCAAAAAGUCACUGUCUCAGACCAAGGAGAGAACAAGCACAGCCUCUUAGAAAAGCUUCACCGAUCUGACAGCAGCUCUAGCUCUUCAAGUGAGGAGGAAGGAGAAGAUGGAGAGAAAAGGAAGAAGAAGAAGAAGGAAAAGAAAGGGCUGAAAGAGAAGAUCGAGGAGAAAAUAGAGGGUGAUCAUCAUCAUCACAAGGAUGAGGACACAAGUGUCCCUGUUGAGAAAGUUGAGGUUGUUGAAACAGCACAUGCUGAGGAAAAGAAGGGGUUCCUCGACAAGAUUAAGGAGAAGCUACCAGGGCACAAGAAGACAGAGGAGGCCACAGCUACUACUCCUCCUCCACCACCACCUGUUGCAUCAUUGGAGCAUGGUGAAGGUGCUCAUCAUGAAGGAGAGGCCAAGGAGAAGAAAGGUAUAUUAGAAAAGAUAAAAGAGAAGCUUCCUGGUUAUCACUCCAAGACAGAGGAGGAAAAGGAAAAGGAAAAGGAGAGUGGUGCUCAUUGAUAUUUAAGAUUGAGACAAGGCUUUUUUGUUGGUUGGAGAUGCAUGAUUGUGGUGUGCUUUGUUUUCAUUUCAUCAUAUGACAGCCUUGUGGGUUUCUUUGGUGUUUCUUGAUGCAUACUUAAUUUACUUUAUUAUUGUGUAUUUAUCUCUUCCAUUUACAAAAAAAAAAGUUUGUGUAGGUUUCCUUCUUUGAAGUAAAAAGAAAUUAAAUAUGUACUGAAAAUGGAAUAAUAGUGUGUUUUAUUUGUGUUUUAUAA